AUGAGGGGCUCAUCCGUGUUCCCCCCAGAGCUGCCCCAGUCGGAUGCUCCGUGCCCACCGGGGUUCCAGCGGCAGAACGGGUCCUGCGAGGACGUGGAUGAGUGCGGCCGGGGCGGGUUCUGCCGCAAUGGGCUCUGCACCAACACCCCCGGGAGCUUCGCCUGCCUCUGCCCCCCCGGCUUCCUCCUGGAUGCGUCCUGGUCCAGCUGCAUCUCCCAGCAGGUGCUGUCGGAGGCGCGGGGUCCCUGUUUCCGGGUGCUGCGCGCCGGGCGCUGCGCGCUCCCCACGCUGCGCAACAUCACGCGCCAGAUCUGCUGCUGCAGCCGCGUGGGCAAGGCCUGGGGGGGGUCCUGCCUGCGCUGCCCCCCCCCCGGCUCCGAGGGGUUCAAGGAGAUCUGCCCAGCCGGCCCCGGGUACCACUACUCCGCCUCCGACCUCCGCUUCAACGCCCGCUACCUGGGGCAGGAUUGGACCCACGUCCCCCUCGGGCAGCCCCGCGCCGGCACCGCCGCCCCCCCGGCCACAACCCCAUGGCACCAGGAGCAACCGCCGGGAUCAGGACCAGGACCGGGAUCAGGACCAGGAUCGGGCGCCCCCCCCAUUGUCACCCCAUUGCCGGCGGCCACCACGAGGCCACCGCGGCCCCCCCAUGAGCCCCCCCCGGCCCCUGAGGUCAUUGUGGUGCCCAGGCCCACCAUGGGGCUGCUGGGACCCAUCCCCACGCCGGAGGCACCAGCGGGCAGCGUGUGCGACCGGAACCCGCAGCUCUGCGGCCCCGGGCGCUGCGUCCCGCACCGUGGGGGCUACUCCUGCCGCUGCCACCCUGGCUUCUGGCUCAGCACCCAGGGCACCCACUGCAUCGACGUGGACGAGUGCCGCCGCAGCCCCCGGCCCUGCACCCAUGGGCGCUGCGAGAACACGGUUGGGAGCUACCGGUGCCUUUGCCAGGCCGGGUACCGGCCCAGCGCUGCCGGCACCGAGUGCCAAGAUGUGGAUGAGUGCGACCAGAGCCCCCCCCCCUGCACCCAUGGGCGCUGCGAGAACCUGCCCGGCUCCUACCGGUGCCUCUGCCCCGGCGGGUACCGCGCCGUGGCGCCGGGAGAGCCCUGCCAGGACAUCGACGAGUGCGAGAACGAGGCUGCGUGCCCGGGCCAGGAGUGCCUGAACACCGCGGGCUCCUUCCAGUGCCGGCCCUGCCUGGUGGGCUUCCGCCCGCACCGUGGCCGCUGCGCAGACAUCAACGAGUGCCUGGAGGGGGAUUUCUGCUUCCCGCACGGGGAAUGCCUCAACACCGAGGGCUCCUUCACCUGCCUCUGUGCACAGGGAUUCACCCCCACGGCCGCGGGCACCGCGUGCACCGACAUCGACGAGUGCCAGCGCGGGGGCCUCUGCGCCGGCGGCCUCUGCACCAACACCGCCGGCUCCUUUGAGUGCCGCUGCCCCCCCGGCUUCCGCAGCGACCCCGAGCAGGCCGAGUGCCAUGAUGUGGACGAGUGCUCCCACAACGGGACCCUGUGUGGGGCCCACGCCACCUGCCUCAACCUGCCCGGCUCCUUCCAAUGCGCCUGCGACCCCGGCUACGAGACGGCCCCCAACGGCCACCACUGCGUGGACGUGAACGAGUGCGAGACCCUGCUCGGGGUGUGCGGGGCCGAGCGCUGCGAGAACGCGGACGGCUCCUUCCUGUGCGUGUGCCCCGACGGCCGCCACGAGUUCGAUCCCGUCCGCGGCCGCUGCGGGGCGCCCUCGGGCGCGGCCCCCGCCCUGCUCCGCAGCGCCCCCGGCGGCAGCGCCGGGUGUUACAGCCGCGCAUGCGCGCUGCUGGCGCCCAGCGUCACCCGGGGGCAGUGCUGCUGCAGCCUGGGCGGGGCGUGGGGGGAGCGAUGCCCCUCCCCCAACCACAGCACCCACCCCUCCCCCAACCACAGCACCCACCCCUCCCCCAACCACGGCCCCUGCCCAGAACCCGGCUCCGGGAUGCCCACGGCCCCCCCAUGCCCCAUAGAGGACCAUGACGCCCUCUGCCCGCAUGGGCCCGGCCAUGCGGAGGACGCCGAGGGAGCCCCCGUAGACGUGGAUGAGUGCGCUCUGUUUGCACCGCGCCUCUGCCGGGGGGGGGUCUGCGUGAACGCGGCCCCCGGCUUCAGCUGCUACUGCCCCAGCGGCUUCUACUACGAAGCGGAGCAUCUGCAGUGCGUGGACAAUGACGAGUGCUCGGCGGCCGAGGCGGAGCCGUGCCUGGGGGGGCUCUGCACCAACACCGUGGGCUCGUUCCAUUGCUCCUGCCCCCCCCCGCUCGUCUUGGACAGCUCCCAGCGCCGCUGCGUCGACAACGACACGAGCCUGGCGGAGGCGCAGGCCGUGUGCUGGCAGGAGCUGGGCGCGGACCUGGUGUGCGCGCGGCCCCGCCUGGACGCGGCCCUCACCUACAGCGAGUGCUGCUGCCGGCACGGGCAGGCCUGGGGCAUGGAGUGCGCGCUCUGCCCCGCCCCCCACUCAGAUGACUUUGAGCUCCUGUGCAAUGUCCUGCACCCCCCUGUCUACGCCCCCCCCCCCCCCCCCCCGCCUACGAGUACUCCCCCGACUUCGCCCCCCUUCGGGCUCCCCUUUGGUUUCUUCGGGGGGCCCCCCCCCCCCCCCCCCCCCCGUUUUCCGCCCCGAUUACGACCCCUACGGCUUCGGCGGGGGGGGGGCGGCCCGGGGGGCUUCGAGUUUGGGGACCCCCGCGCCGCCCCCCCCCCGCCCCACCGGGGGCGGGGACCCCGCUACGAGCCCCCCCCCAGGCCCCCCUGGGUCCUGCAGCCCCACGGGGGCCCCCCCCGAGGGUACCCCGAGGAGGAGGUGGGGGGCGAAGAGGAGGAGGAGGAAGAGGAGGAGCGGGAGGAAG